ACCAAGUCAAAGAGGAGCUAAAGUAUUAGCCAGCUCCAAAAUCUGGACUUUCAAAUAAGUGCUGUUGUUUUCGGAUUAAAAUAUUAAAAAUUGAAGUUUAAAUAAGCAAAAAAUCCAAAAAAUGUUCCACGGAAAGGAAUAUUUGUACCCAAGGAAGCGUCCGAAGUUCAGAAAUUGGGAUAAAGACACUUCUGGCGUUGAACUGCGGCACCUCAGAAGUUUAACCCUGACCGACGAACAAGUCAUUCAGGUGUCCCGUGGCGAGUGGUUGGUGGCCUCGACUGAUGACGGCGGGCCAGUUUUCGCUGUCGAGAGGGCCAUCGAGGAGGACGAAGCCCUGGUGGAAGGUCACAACGCGUCCUGCGCCUUUUGGGGCGUGGACGACAUUUACAAUGUGAACGAGGGCUACUGCAGAUCUUGCUUUAUCUGCUGCCAUUUGUACAAUUGCGACUGUCCGGACAAACAUCCCAUUUGCAAGCACGUGCACAAAGUGCAUUCUUUUAAUCUAAAAGUUAUUGAAAAUCAAAGGCCACAUGAGUUGGAUAAAACAAUUGAUGCGGACUUUGAAAAAUUGGAGAAGGUGCGUAAAUCAAUCAAGGAGAGGGACAAAGUGGAAUUCAGUGAAGAAAUUUUGUGGUUUUUAAAUAAUUUAGAAAAUAAGUUUGAGCUUAAAAAUGUUUUGGAUUAAAUUUUC